AUGGCGGUCGUCGAGGCAGGAGCGCGGGCCACGUUCGGAGCCUGGGAUUACGCGGUCUUCGCCCUCAUGCUGCUGGCGUCCACAGGCAUCGGGCUGUGGGUCGGGCUGGCGCGGGGCGGGCAGCGCAGCGCGGAGGACUUCUUCACCGGGGGCCGGCGCCUGGCCGCCCUGCCCGUUGGCCUCUCGCUGGCCGCCAGCUUCAUGUCGGCGGUACAGGUGUUGGGCGUGCCCGCCGAGGCCUACCGCUUUGGCUUCAAGUUCCUCUGGAUGUGCCUGGGACAGUUGCUCAACUCCCUGCUCACCGCCCAGCUCUUCAUGCCGGUCUUCUACCGCCUGGGCCUCACCAGCACCUACCAGUACCUGGAGCUGCGCUUCAGCCGCAGUGUGCGGCUCUGCGGGACCCUGCAGUACCUGGUAGCCACAGUGCUGUAUACUGGCAUCGUGAUCUACGCCCCCGCUCUCAUCCUGAAUCAAGUGACUGGGUUGCACAUCUGGGCCUCGCUUCUGUCCACUGGAGCCAUCUGUACCUUCUACACGACUGUGGGCGGCAUGAAGGCUGUGGUCUGGACUGAUGUGUUCCAGGUCGUGGUGAUGCUAACUGGCUUCUGGGCUGUCCUGGCCCGCGGGAUCAUGCUGGUGGGUGGGCCCCGGCACGUGUUUGAGAUUGCCCAGAACCACUCCCGGAUGAACCAGAUAGAGUUUGACCUGGACCCGCGGAGCCGCUACACAUUCUGGACUCUUGUGGUGGGUGGCACAUUGGUCUGGCUCUCAAUGUAUGGUGUGAACCAAGCACAGGUGCAGCGCUAUGUGGCCUGUCGCACAGAGAAGCAGGCCAAGCUGGCCUUGCUUGUCAACCAGCUGGGCCUGUUCCUGAUCGUGCUCAGUGCUGCUGGCUGUGGUAUCAUCAUGUUCACGAUCUAUGUAGACUGUGACCCUCUCCUUGCAGGGCGUAUCUCUGCCCCAGACCAGUACAUGCCCUUGCUGGUGCUGGACAUCUUCGAGGACCUGCCUGGAGUCCCUGGGCUCUUUCUGGCCUGUGCCUACAGUGGCACCCUCAGCACCGCCUCCACCAGCAUCAACGCCAUGGCUGCGGUCACCGUGGAGGACCUCAUCAAACCCCGGCUGCCCAGCCUCACACCCCGGAGACUCGUAAUGGUCUCCAAGGGGCUCUCACUCAUCUAUGGCUUAGCCUGUCUCACCGUGGCAGCUCUGUCCUCACUGUUGGGGGGAGGCGUCCUCCAGGGCUCCUUCACCGUCAUGGGAGUCAUCAGCGGCCCCCUCCUUGGAGCCUUCAUCCUGGGGAUGUUUCUUCCUGCCUGCAACACGCUGGGCGUCCUCUCUGGGCUGGCCACCGGCUUGGCGCUCUCGCUGUGGGUGGCCGUGGGCGCCACUCUAUACCCGCCCAGCACCCAGUCCUUGGGAGUCCUGCCAUCAUCGGCUGCCGGCUGUGUCGUGCCCUCAGCCAAUGCCUCUGGCCUCCUGGGCCAGCUCCUGGCCACCAACACCUCCAGCAGGAACCCCAGCCCUGAAAUGGACCUUGAUCGACCCGCCUUAGCUGACAGCUUCUAUGCCAUUUCCUAUCUUUACUAUGGAGCCCUGGGCACGCUGAGCACUGUGCUAUGUGGAGCCCUCAUCAGCUGCUUGACAGGCCCCACCAAGCGCAGUGCCUUGAGUCCUGGGCUGCUAUGGUGGGAUCUUGCACGGCAGACAGCAUCGGUGGCCCCCAAGGAAGAAGUGGCUACCUUGGAUGACAGCUUGGGGAAGGGUGCUGAGGAACUGCCCCCUGGAACCAAGAGGCCUCCUGACUUCCUGCCCACGGACGAGGACCAUCUGCUCUUCCUGGGGCAGAAGGAGGUGAAUGGAGCUGGCUCCUGGACCCCCAGCAGUGCACAUGACCAUGGUCAGGACCUUCGGGAGACAGACCUCUGAGCCAGCAGGGGACUGACCACCUGGGAUGGAACCUCAG